UCUUCUCAGUUUCACAGGCAGAAUCAUUAGCAAUGAAAAACCGAACUUUGACAGAAUUCAUUCUGCUGGGACUAACAGACAUCCCAGAGCUUCAAAAUAUCAUCUUAAUACUUCUCCUCCUUACCUACAUAAUCAGUAUCUUAGGAAACCUGACAAUCAUCACCCUCACACUACUGGACUCCCAUCUCCACACGCCCAUGUAUUUCUUCCUCUGGAACUUCUCCUUCUUAGAAAUUUUCUUUAUAUCCACUUUCACUCCUAGGCUACUAUUCAGUAUCUCAACUGGGAACAAGAGCAUCAGCUUUGCUGGUUGCCUCACUCAGUAUUUCUUUGUGAUAUUCUUCGGAGCCACAGAGUUUUACCUUCUGGCUGCCAUGUCCUAUGACCGCUAUGUGGCCGUAUGCAAACCCCUACAUUACACGACCAUCAUGAACAGCAGAGUCUGCAUCCAGCUAGUCCUCUGCUCUUGGCUGGCUGGAUUUCUCAUCAUCCUAUCCCCAAUCAUCAUGACCAGUCAACUGGACUUCUGUGCCUCCAAUGUCCUGAAUCAUUAUUUUUGUGACUACGGACCCCUCAUAGAAAUAUCUUGCUCAGACACAAGAGUCCUGGAGCUGGUUGACUUCAUCUCAGCAGUUGUGACGUUGGUGCUCACCCUGAUGCUGGUGAUUCUCUCCUACGCAAACAUCAUCCAGACCAUUCUAAGGAUCCCUUCUGCUCAGAAAAGGAAGAAAGCCUUUUCCACAUGCUCAUCCCACAUGAUUGUCAUCACCCUCUCUUAUGGCAGCUGCAUCUUCAUGUACAUAAAACCUUCAGCAAAAGAUGGAGUUGCCUUCAAUAAGGGAGUCGCCAUACUCAAUACAUUAAUUGCCCCUUUAUUGAAUCCAUUCAUUUAUACUCUAAGGAAUAAACAAGUAAAAGAAGCCUUCAGUAAUGUGGCCAGAAAAAUACCACAUCUUUAUUCAUUUUAG